CCUGCAGUCACUAUGACAUUGGUUGUGUCUUGUAAAAGUCCUAGAUCUGUGUAUAAAUGUUCACAUAGAUGGGGAAAUGUUGGAAAGAAACCUCCAACAAUUGUUUGAGCACUUGGAUUAGACUUGGACCCCACCUAGAACAUUGAACCAACUUAGAGCACAGAAUCUACCAUGUCACAACCUAGGAGAGGCAUCAGGUCUAGAUCAGAAUGCAUGACUUGUAGACGUGCUAGAGUGAGAUGUGACGAAAAACAUCCGAUAUGUGAAAGGUGUAAUCGUCUUGGAUUAGAUUGCUCAUACCAGCCAUUUGUUUCUCGAAAGGAGAAGGAGCGACGGCAUCGAGAAGCGAGAGAAAGGUCGAUUCCAGUUCAGAUCAUCCCAAAUAUCGUUGGAUCGCUGCCACAUCCAACUCAUGCAGAAGUCAAUGAAUUUCUGAAUGCUGUGGAAGAUGAAGUAUUUCCUGAUGUGUGGAGCAUGCAUGAAUGGCCGACCAGUAUGGGGCAUGGAUUCAUAUUGCCCGAAGGUUCCUUCAAUCUCGAGAUAUUUGACGAACUCGCCUCAGGAAACAAAGACACUUACACUACUAGCCCUUCAUCGCCGUUUCAACCUUUAAGAGCUCUUCACCUUGUGGAUCGAGACAAUGUUGUGUUCCAGGAUGACUAUUAUGCUCAAGGAUGCGUCACACUUCAUUUCCCCAAUUUACGCCAUUCGAGUCCAUUAAAACUCUCACCAUCAGAGAAACGGGCUGUUGAGCAUUACGAGAAGACGUUGUCACUAAAGUUCACCACCAAAAAUCCAACUUGGUCAACACAGCAGAUAUACAUCUGUCUCGGUGCUCAAGAUCCUCUAGUUAUGCACUUGCUGCUUGCAAUAUCCUUUCGUGAUUUGUGUUUCAGAGAUGAAGAUAAUGAACUUCACGACCUUGCCCAAAAGCACUUUCGAGCUGGAAUUGGUCGUUUACUGACAGCUAUUUCCGAGGAAGAAUCACCACAUCACUUGAGUAUCAUGGCAGCUUUCUGGUUCCUAUAUAUGCUUGGAUCAAGUCAAAUCCAUGCGGGUAUCGGUACAAUGAUGCUCUUGAGCAGAGUUGUAUGCGAUUAUGUCCAAAAACAUGUUGCGGGUCUUCUAGAUCUAGAUCCACUCAAUGAGCGACACGCAAAUCCUCCUUUACCUUUCCAGCUUCGCGACCAAUCGUUACUCGCUCGAGUUACGAUUUGGAUGUUUUACGCCGAUGUUGGAUUUUGCUUUUGCUAUCGUGGUGGGGAUCUUGCAAGAUAUCUUUGCACCGACGCAAAGAAUAUAUCGAAAAUCGUCGAAAUGGGUCGUGCUGUUCUGGCUCUGAACUUUGACCGAGAGUAUCCACCAGAUCAGGCAGCUGAUGAUACUCAGAAUCUUGAAGUGCUAGAUCUUUCAUGGAAAUCGGCAAUAAUGUGUCAGCUAGUGAAUGACCUUGAUCCAAAAAUUCCUUCAGACGAGAUAGAACAACAGUUUUGUGAACUCGAACAAACUUACAGCUCUAUAUUUGAACUCGCUGCAAUGGAUUUAGAAACUCGUCCAAGAUUUCUGACUAACGCCGAUUGGAUACUCAGUUACUUCUACGCGAUACGCAUCUACCACUUUCGAUAUACCACCCAGAAUGAAGAUCGCAACGCAAGACCUAAGGUAGUCAAACGAGCUCUAAAAUCACUCUUAGACAUUGCUCAAAGAAUCUUUGCAAAGGGCGACGAAGUACAUUUUGAAAGACUUCAUUGGCCUUUAUUCAUGGCAGGAAUUGAAACCACGGAUACUAUACAUCGGGAAUGGAUCUUGGAAAAAUUCUCAUCUGGAAAGUUCAAGACUGUCUUGAAAAAGGUGUUGAAGAUUCAGCAUCUUAGUGGAACGAGGGUUCAUAUGUCUUUGAUUCGCGAGAUGUGCUCUAAGGAAGGAGAUGCUCCACGUGUUACUUUUCUUGGCUUUUGAUAUAUCUAAUUUUUGUGUUCUUUUGCACCUACUUUAAAUGGAUAUUCGUUCUUCUUUGGGUGGUUCUUGAACCAUUCUAGCGUGGUGUUGGGAGAGCAUUGCUUUCAAUUGGGUAAAUUUCUCGACUUCCCGUAAGAUAUUGUCAUUGGCGAAUUGAGAAACUCAGUAUCCUUCACACCUGUUACUUAUUAUCGGAUUAGUCUCUGGUACAUGAUACGAUGUGAAGUCAUGGUUAACAGGAGAAGACAAAGUAGUUAAGUCUUAUUCUGGUAUAAUGAACUCUCUAGUAUUAUAGUUCAAAGUUUAUUCAGUCAUCGAUUCUUUCCCUGUGAUAAUCGUCUUGCCUCCUUCAUAUUGUGCAUAACCC